UUUGCAGGUUGAACUGUACAGAAUUUUUUACAAUAAAAAAAACUUUAAAUCUCCACAUGCUAUCAAGAAUAUUUUUUAUAAAUAAAUAAUUCCAAAAAAUAUGUUAAUAAGACGGGGACUAAAUUAUUUGCAUCGAUGUACAGGAUCCAUUUUAAAUGAUUCCGUGUUGGGAGUAAAAAAGUCAGAGAAUAAAGUUGGUGGUGGAAAAAAAAUAUCAGCACAUUACAGUCAAGAUUAUCCGCAAGUUAAAAAUCCGAGGAAAGAAUUAUUGCCAGUUAAUAAGUAUCUGCAGAGAACGCACACUUGUGGAGAACUUGGAGUUGAAGAUGUUGGAGAGACAGUGAAUUUAUGCGGAUGGAUGGAGUAUCAGAGAAUGGGAAAAUUUAUUACGUUAAGAGAUUCCUAUGGAACUAUCCAGUUGUUGAUUCCUGAUGAUAAAAAAUCUUUGAUUAAAGCUGUAGAGCAAUCAAACUUCGAAAGUGUUAUUUCAGUGACAGGAAAAGUAGCACCAAGGCCAGCAGGACAAGAAAAUGAAAAAAUGAAGACUGGUAGCAUAGAAAUUGUUGUCGAGUCACUUGAAAUUUUAAAUAACGCCGUGUCACAGCUUCCUUUUUAUAUUAGAAAGCACAAUGUACCCAAGGAAAUGCUGCAGAUGCAGUAUAGAUACUUGUCACUAAGAUUUCCCUCAAUGCAAAGAAAUCUACGAUUGAGAUCUCAGUUUAUGCACAAAUUACGCGGAUACCUGAUAGAUCACUGCGGGUUUGUUGAUGUAGAAACCCCUACUCUCUUCAGACGGACCCCCGGUGGAGCUCAAGAGUUUGUGGUGCCGACUCGAGAGCCAGGAAAAUUUUAUUCACUCGUCCAGAGUCCUCAGCAAUUCAAGCAGUUGCUGAUGGUCGGAGGGAUUGAUAGGUAUUUUCAAAUCGCUAGAUGUUAUAGGGAUGAAGGCGCUAGAUCUGAUCGUCAGCCAGAGUUCACUCAACUGGAUAUAGAAAUGUCAUUUGUUGAUCGCCAAGGUAUUAUUAGUUUAGUCGAAGAUCUUUUAUGUCAUUGUUGGCCUAAAGACUUUGCUGAGUUGAUUCCUCCUUUUAGACACUUCACUUACGAACAAGUGAUGGAAAUAUUUGGAACAGACCAACCAGAUCUCCGGCUUCCUUAUCGUAUAUUUAAUGUACCUAAAUCCGAAGAUAGUGAUGAUAAUGAAAUUUACGCCUUGCCCAUAGCCGCGGGAGCGGAACAUUUAACAGCUGCAGUGAAAGCCCAACUGAAUGAUAUCAGAGAUAAAAAUUUUAAAGACGUUAAAUUAAUGCAAAUUAAAAUUCAAGAUGAUUCAUGGCGGGAGAAGGUUGAAAAGUUCGGCGUAAAUAUUUAUGGUAUGACUCAACGACUGAGUGUAAAUAAAACUGACGCUUUAUUUUUAGCCUAUGGUAGUAAAAAUAAUGCUAGAAAACUUCUCGGUAAAAUAAAUGUUGAGUUUGCAAAUGUUAUGGAAUUAAAAGGACUUACAAUAAGAACUCAGGAUUAUAAAUUCCUUUGGAUUGUUGACUUUCCUUUGUUUGAAAAGGGAGAGGACGGAAGUAUUACUUCGACUCAUCAUCCGUUCACUGCGCCUCAUCCUGAUGACGUCAAAUAUCUGGAGACUGAUCCAUUGAAAGUACGAGGAUUGCAUUACGAUUUAGUGUUGAAUGGAUCCGAAGUAGCUGGUGGUUCCAUAAGAAACCAUAAUUCGAAGCUACAGGAGCAAGUACUUAACAUGUUGAACAUCGAUACUUUAGAAAUGAAACACUUGUUGGAAGCAUUAGCUAGUGGAGCUCCUCCACACGGAGGCAUUGCCUUUGGAAUGGACCGUUUGAUAUCAAUUAUCUGCAAGUCACCGAGCAUCAGAAACGUCAUUGCCUUUCCUAAGACAAUGGAAGGCCGGGACCUGAUGUCUGGAGCACCUGCUGAUAUAUCAGAAGAAGAAAAAAUACUGUAUCACUUAUCGACACCAAAAAAUAAAAAUUAAAGAUAUUGUUGACUAGUAA